GCUUUGUAGAGUUGUGAGCGGAAGUACAACACGUUUAUGCGCUUAUUCAAAACGUCCAAACAAACCAUGAAGCUUAAAAUUCAUUUUUCGCAUGCUUAAUAUUACUGAGCAUCUAGCGUUAUUUGUGGAAAGUCGUUAUUAAUGGAGCACAAUGACAGAUGCUCUCAGGAGGUGGAUGGAGACAGUUGUGGAUCCUCCACCGCAGCUUCACCGGAGAUGGACCGAAACCCGUCGCCUCCACCCGAGGAAGAUGAGACUGAGGCCGGUGAAGAGGCGGACGCCAUCGGUGAGACGGUGUACAGCAAACACUGGCUCUUCAGCACCUUGACCCGCCUUAUUCAGAUGGUGACAGAUCAAGAAAGUGGACAGAGUGAUUCUUCCAUGGAACUGACGGAUGAUCUGGAAGAGGAUUUGUGUAAAGUAUGGGACAUGGCUAUGGAUAAGGACGUGGCUAUCUUUCUUCAAGAGUUCAAGGCUCCAGACAUCUUGCUGGGUGUGAUCGCAAAGUCACGCAGUCCACGGCUCACUGAAAUCUGUGUUGGAAUUCUGGGUAAUAUGGCCUGUUUCCAUGACACAUGUGUCUUUCUCAGCCAGAACUCUGACUUGGGCGCUGUGUUACUUCUGCUUCUUGGAGACAAUGACCCACCUACACUCUUGGAAACUUGCAGGCUUCUGCUAACAUGCAUGUCUCAGCCUGAUGUCUCCCCGCUGUGGCUAGAGAGGAUACAGCAUCAGCCCGCAGUGUGUGGCAGUCUGUGUUUCAUCAUGAGCAGCUCCACCAAUGUGGAUUUGCUGGUUAAGGUUGGGGAGCUGGUGGAUAAGCUCUUUGAUGAGGAUGAGGAGAUAAUGAAGAGUUGGGUGUCCACCCCACCCAGCGAGAGUGACCCAAACAAGGACAUACAGCAGGACAUCGCGUCCUCUCUGCUUGAGGCCGCCACGCAGCUUAGGUCAGAGAGUCCAGAGGCUCUUGAAGUGUAUCUUCAUUCUCUCCAGCUUCUCACUACAGUAGAAGAGGGCAUGCAGGCUCUGGUAUCAGAUGGAGCGUGUGGUCGUGCGGUGUGGACAUUUGUGUGUAAGAUCGUGUGUGAGGAUUUCUGUCAAGCGGACGACCCUCCUCUGAUCCUGCAGGAGCAGAAAGCUCUCCUGGCCCCGGCACUCGCCCUGCUGUCUGCGUUACACUCCAGUCUGCAGAUGGAUAUCAGUGCAGAAUUAUUAGGAAGUCUUAUUCGCAUUCUGCAGUUCAACGCUGAAUGCCUUCAGAGCCGGACAGCUGGAAACUCUGAAUCAGAGGAGAGACAGAAAGAAGAAGAGAAACUAGUGGAAGAUGUUCAGCUCAAAGCUUUAGUCGAAACCACAGCGGAGUUCCUCUCAGUCGUCCUUAUGGAACUGACUAAGGAUCUUUUAUCAUUGGUAGUCAAGGAAGGGCAUCUGACAGAGAGAAGCUGCGUGUCUGCUGUUGCCACACUCGUACCUCAACAUAUAACAGCUGUCCGGCACCUGGUCGGCUUGUUGUCAGAGGUGGAACCGAAACUGGCAGACAUUAUAACAAAGGACUUUUCCAUUUCAUCCAAUGUGUCAAGCUGAACUCGGCUGGACAAAUCCAAAGUGUUCUUUAGCUUCAAGUUCUCAGACCCAAAACACUGGAGAUGAGUUUCUUAUCUCCUUGUGAACGGACUUAUCCUUGGUUUAGAUUUUCCUAGUAAUUGCUAAACCUUAAAAAUGUUUAAAUUGUGUAUAUUAUUGUUUUGUUUGUAUACACAGACAUCUCUAUUUAGUAAACAUAACCUGUUUUGUAGA